AUGCCAUUACCAAAAUCCAACUUCAAACGAGCUUUUGAUCGUUACGACUAUGGGGGAGUCUUUGAGUUUGGACAGGCACCGUUCAAACCUGGUCGAUUUAUGUACGACCGGGAUCCUUACUUUGAAGACCCUGACGCCCGUUACUUCGAUCCGGCACAACUAAAACAUGAAUACUUAGGGUUUCAUAAGAAACGAGAGCCAAUGGAGAGACCUUGGUAUUGCAGAGGUCUUUUCAAUUAUAUCGUUCGUUUUUCCUACGAAUGUCCCGACAUUUAUAAUGGAUAUUAUUAG